UCCUCGAGGGGACUUUUACACGAGUGAAUACUUUUACAGUCCCACGGGAGGAGCACGCUGUACGCACAGGAUCUCAUCUCUCUCCUCUCUACCAAUAUUUUAUGAAUGUGAACUUAGAAUUGGUGAUAAGGUGGAUGCCAUCCAUGGGUUAUUGCAUAGAAAGAGAGACACAGAAAAUGCCUUGCAUAGAAAGACACGAAGAAAAUGCAAUGAAAGACGGCAAUGGCAUUGGCAUUGGCAUUGGCAUUGACGUGAGAGUGUAAUAAACCCUAUCGCACACGUCUCUUUGAAGAAGAAGCCCAAAAUCACAAGGUAGGAGGAGGAGGAAAGCAAGACCAGUGAGAAAUGGGUACCGCUACCGCCGCUGAAACACAAGACUACGAUCGAAUGGCGGAGCUCCGAGCCUUCGAUGAAUUGAAGCUCGGCGUAAAAGGCCUCAUGGACUCCAAUUCAUCUUCCAUCCCCCGCUUCUUCGUCCACCCUCCUGAAUCCCGUGUCAUUCCGGCAGUCGGUCCUCGCCCCUCGGCCCUGAUCCCCACUGUUGAUCUCUCUGCCCCUCAUGCUAUGGCCGCCGCCCAAAUCCGCCAAGCCGCAUCGUCCUGGGGCUUUUUCAACCUCGUCAACCACGGAAUCGAUCCUACCCUUCUUCAAUCUACCAUUGAUUCCGUGAAAACCUUUAAUGAGCAACCGCAUGCCCAAAAGGCCCCUUACUACACCCGAGACCCAGCAAAUGGGGUGGCCUUUGCGACCAAUUUCGACCUGUACCAGAGCAAGGCAGCCAGCUGGCGCGACACACUACAGGUGCGCAUGAGUCCGGUGCCUGCGGACCCUGGCUUCCUGCCUGAGCCCUGCCGCGCGCCUCUUCUUGAGUGGGGAGAACAGGCCACCUCGGUCGCGGAGCGCUUGAUGGGGUUCUUAUCAGAGAGUUUAGGGUUAGGGUUGGAGUUUUUCAAGGGGAUGAGCGGGUUGGAGGGGAGGCAACUGGUGGCUCAUUACUAUCCGUGUUGUCCUGAGCCGGAGUUGACCGUGGGUUUGGCUGGGCACUCGGACCCUGGGCUGUUGACGGUGCUGCUGCAGGACCAGGUGGGCGGCCUACAGGUGCUCAACGAAGAGGAGUGGAUCGACGUGCGGCCCGUGCCUGGUGCUCUCGUGGUCAAUGUUGGGGACCUGCUACAGAUUGUUUCUAAUGGGGUGUACAAAAGCGUGGAGCACCGUGUCCUGGCAAACCCAUCAAAGGACCCAAGAAUCUCAGUGGCCAUUUUCUACUCGCCUGGGAAGAGGGAUGAUUCCACAUUUUACGGUCCCAUAGAGGAGCUGCUCUCACCCCAAAAUCCACCAAAAUACAGAAACUUCACUAUGACAGAAUAUCUCGGAACCUUCUUCAACAAGGGGCUCAAGCGAAACUCUUUGCUCGAUCAUUUUAAGCUCUGAAUUGAUAAAUUCCUGUUUGUUUCCUUCCUCAGUUGCCAUCAGAUACAUACAUGGAUUUUAUACCUUACAUCAUAAAUCUAUAAAUCUUUAUAGACAUCAUUGGAAUU